UAAGAGGACCGAGGAGCUCUUUCAUCUUGCCACUCUACGUUGACUGUCGAACUAUCGAGCUCUUUCGGCGUACUAUUCGACCCAGCAUCUCAUAACGGAAAAACGUAAAAACAAACUUUAUUAAUCAUGUGUGAUGACGAUGUUGCGGCACUCGUAGUUGACAAUGGAUCUGGUAUGUGCAAAGCUGGAUUCGCCGGAGAUGAUGCACCAAGAGCUGUUUUUCCAUCGAUAGUUGGGCGGCCUCGACACCAGGGUGUCAUGGUUGGCAUGGGACAAAAGGAUAGUUAUGUAGGUGAUGAAGCACAAAGUAAAAGAGGUAUUUUAACACUUAAAUACCCAAUCGAGCAUGGUAUUAUAACGAACUGGGAUGAUAUGGAAAAAAUUUGGCAUCAUACAUUUUACAAUGAAUUGCGCGUUGCUCCUGAGGAACAUCCAGUACUUCUUACUGAAGCUCCACUAAAUCCGAAAGCUAACCGUGAAAAAAUGACGCAAAUAAUGUUUGAAACUUUUAAUAGUCCCGCCAUGUAUGUUGCUAUUCAAGCUGUUCUUUCUCUGUAUGCCUCUGGUAGAACUACCGGUAUCGUCUUAGAUUCAGGAGAUGGUGUCUCCCACACAGUACCAAUAUAUGAAGGAUACGCACUACCUCAUGCAAUUCUACGUUUAGACCUUGCUGGUAGGGAUCUAACUGAUUACUUAAUGAAAAUUCUUACUGAAAGAGGGUAUUCGUUUACAACAACAGCAGAACGGGAAAUUGUACGUGAUAUCAAGGAAAAACUUUGCUAUGUAGCACUGGACUUUGAACAAGAAAUGGCAACUGCAGCUGCAAGCACUUCACUCGAAAAAAGCUACGAACUACCCGAUGGGCAAGUUAUUACUAUUGGCAAUGAAAGAUUCCGCUGUCCUGAAGCUUUGUUUCAACCAUCAUUUUUGGGAAUGGAGUCUUGUGGCAUUCACGAAACUGUCUACAAUUCUAUUAUGAAAUGUGAUGUAGACAUUCGUAAAGAUUUAUAUGCGAAUACGGUACUUUCUGGAGGCACUACAAUGUAUCCAGGAAUAGCAGAUAGAAUGCAAAAAGAGAUAACUGCAUUAGCACCAUCCACAAUAAAAAUAAAAAUCAUUGCUCCCCCAGAAAGAAAAUAUUCAGUAUGGAUUGGUGGAUCCAUUCUAGCUUCAUUAUCUACUUUCCAACAAAUGUGGAUAUCAAAACAAGAAUACGAUGAAUCUGGACCAGGAAUCGUUCACCGUAAAUGCUUCUAAUUUUAAAUUGUUGUAAGAUAAUUAAAAAAAACUAAGCAUACUGUGACUUUUACUACAAAAUACAGUUUUCUUCUGAUACUACGGUAUUAUUCAUGGAAGAAAAAACGGAAAGCGCUUAUGAGAAUAUUUUUUAUUUCUUAUCAUCUAACAUUGUAUUUAUAAAGUAUGAUAAUUCCUGUAAGUACAUUAAAUUAUAUACAACUGCAUCACAAA